AUGCAUCGCUUUGUGUUGUCCUCAGUUGCGCUCGCUACUGUCGUGCGGCAGGCUUCGGCUUCCGCCCCAGUCUUCAGCCGCGGUCUCUACAACGAGAGCACUGCCAACCACACUUGCCAACUAUACGACCCCAUCCUGUCAUGCUCGGUUGGUGCCCAGGCCAGCCUCACCGAUUCAUGCUGUACAGAGACCUUCGGCGGUCUUGUCCUCGCCACGCAGUUCUGGGACGUCUACACCGGCUUUGAGUCCCAGGGACAAGUCCUCCCAGCCGACUCGUGGACCCUGCACGGCCUAUGGCCAGACUUCUGCAACGGGUCAUACACACAGUACUGCGACCUGUCCCGGCAGUACGACCCGAAGCCCUCGCCCAACACGACGACAGGGACCCCGAGCGGCACGCCGGUCGUCCCCUACACGGGGCCGGACAUCGGCACCUUCGUGGAGCCCUUCGGCCGGCACGACCUGCUGGCCUACAUGAACAAGUACUGGGUCGCGCAGGGCCAGCCGAACGGCGACUUCUGGGGCCACGAGUUCUCCAAGCACGCGACCUGCUACUCGACCUUUGACGUCGAGUGCUACGGCCCGCAGUACGUCCAGCACGAGGAGGUCGUCGACUUCUUCGCCACCGCCGUUGAAUACUUCCGCGGCCUGCCCACGUGGGACUGGCUCGAGGCCGCGGGCAUCACGCCCAGCAACACCACCACGUAUGACCUGGCCGAUAUCCAGUCGGCGCUCGCGGGGGCCUUUGGCGAGGUGCCAUACAUUGGUUGCUCGGGCAAGCGGUUUAACGCCACCGAGGCCGGAGCCGGCAGCUUGGACAAUGGGUAUACACAGUUGAGUGAGAUUUGGUACUAUCACCAUGUUAAUGGCAGGCCGCAAGACUACGACGCCGUCCCCGUGGCUGCAAACGCGACCGGUGGAAGUCUGGGCAACUGUGCCUCAACGGCCGGGGCUAUCCAUUACUACGAGCGUGCGGCUGGCUCAGAGGCAUGA